CUAUCUAUAAAUCCAUAUAAUAAUAUUAUACACGUAUCGCAUAAUAUUAUUAUAUUAUUUUAUUAUGUGCUUGCGGUAUGCCCGACGAAUGACAAUAGAUAACCGCGCUAUCAACACCGACCGUAACGACGUUUUGCGACUCUUAUCUUCGGACGUAGAUAUUAAAUAUUUAAAUCACAGUAAAAAUAGUAGGUCGUUGCUCGUAAGUCGUUACUUGUCUAUAGUCAGUGCUCAUUUAUUCAAGGGUCAAAACUCAGACCGUCCAGCGGAGACUACUAUGGCCACCAAACACUUAUCUGGAGAUUCCGUGGAACCGCCAAAGGUGCCGGGCUCGUACCGAUUUUAUUCUAUGCGAUUUUGUCCAUAUGCGCAAAGGGUCCAGCUGGUGUUGAAUGCCAAGGGCACACCGCAUGAUACGGUGUUCAUUGAUCUGUCGGAUAAGCCCAAAUGGUACUUGGACAUUUUUCCGGCUGGCAAGGUUCCGGCUUUGAUUUUUGAUGGCAAUUUUCUCUCUGAAAGUCUGUUGCUGGCAGACUUUCUUGAUGAACAGUUUCCAGAGCCACCUUUGUGGAAUUGCAGUCCUCUCCAAAAAAUAUUGGAUAAACUAGUCAUUGAGUCUUUUUCAAAAGUAGGAACAGCAUUUUAUAAGUUAAUUUUUACCUCAAAAACAGUAGAAGAAAUAAACUUUAAUGAACUCUUUGCUAGUUUAAUUCCCGUCGAAGCUGAAUUAGCUAAAAGAGGAUCAAAAUUCUUUGGAGGUGACAAACCAAAUAUGGUUGACUACAUGAUAUGGCCUUGGAUGGAGCGUUUAGAUGCCAUUAAGCCUUAUACUCAAGGAAAGUUUGUUAUCCCUUUUGAUGAUAAAUUUCCCAAACUAGCAAGUUGGAAAGCCUUAAUGAUUGUUGAUAAAGCUGUUGCAUCAUACUACCUCACUCCAGAAAAACACGCGCAACAUAUUGUAAACAGAAAAGCCGGAUUACCUGCUUAUGACUUUUGAAAUAAUCUAUUAAGUAUUUGAGGUUGAAUAUUUUAAACUUAAACAUUAUUUUUAAUAUUUUUUAUGUUUAACUGUAGUUACAGUUCUAAUAUAACAAAUGGGAAUCGGUUACUUUUUUUAAAAUAUAAUAUUAAACAGAGAUAGAUUUAUACUAAGUAGUAAAUUAUAUGUUUGAAAUUGAGCUUGUGAUUUAAUUAUUAUUAUUUUUUUAAAUACAAUUUGUGCUUAAAAUAAAGCUUAUUAAAAUAUUA